CGCGGCGCGCGCAGCUGCUCCGCUCUCCCAUCUCCCAGCGCCGGCCUGGGCGCCCGCUUCCAGCCGGCAUGGAUGCUCGCCGCGUGCCGCAAAAGGAUCCUGGAGUAAAGAAGAACUUCAAAAAAUUCAGAUAUGUGAAGCUGAUUUCCAUGGAAACCUCGUCAUCCUCUGAUGACAGUUGUGACAGCUUUGCUUCUGAUAAUUUUGCAAACACGAGGCUGCAGUCGGUCGGGGAAGGCUGUAGGACCCGGAGCCAGUGCAGACACUCUGGACCUCUUAGGGUGGCAAUGAAGUUUCCAGCACGAAACAACAAGGGAGCAGUGAGCAAAAUAGCAGAGCCCCCCCCACCUUCAGAGAAUUCUGUGACAGAUUCCAUUUCCGAUUCAGAAGAUGAAAGCGGCAUGGAUUUUUUGGAGAAAAGGGCUUUGAAUAUAAAGCAAAACAAAGCGAUGCUUGCGAAACUCAUGUCAGAAUUAGAAAGCUUCCCUGGCUCACUCCCUGGAAGACGUUCCGUCCCAGGCCCCAGUUCACAAUCAAGGCGACCCCAAAGGCAGUCAUUCCCGGGCGUUGCUUCCAGGAGAAACCCUGACCGGAGAGCACGUCCUGUUACCAGGUCAAGGUCCCGGAUCCUUGGGUCCCUUAGUGCUUUACCUAUGGAGGAAGAAGAGGAAGAGGAAGAGGAUAAGUACAUGUUGGUGAGAAGGAGGAAGACCAUGGAUGGCUACACGAACGAAGAUGACAUGCCCAGACGUCGUCACUCUAGAUCCAUGACCCUUCCACAUAUAAUUCGCCCAGUGGAGGAGAUUACAGAGGAAGACUUGGAGAAUAUCUGCAGCAACUCUCGAGAGAAGAUAUAUAGCCGUUCACUGGGCUCUACUUGUCAUCAGUGCCGUCAGAAAACUAUUGAUACCAAAACAAACUGCAGAAACCCAGACUGCUGGGGUGUUCGAGGCCAGUUCUGUGGUCCCUGUCUUCGAAACCGAUAUGGUGAAGAGGUCAGGGAUGCUCUGUUGGACGCGAAUUGGCAUUGCCCACCUUGUCGAGGAAUCUGCAACUGCAGUUUCUGCCGGCAGCGAGAUGGACGGUGCGCAACUGGGGUGCUUGUAUAUUUAGCCAAGUACCAUGGCUUUGGGAAUGUACAUGCUUACUUGAAAAGUCUGAAACAGGAAUUUGAAAUGCAAGCAUAGGAUCUGGAAAAUUUGAUGCCUGCCUUCCACUUCUCAGAUCUCCCUUCUUAAAAGUUUUCAGUUUUGUCAUUGAUUGAAACCUCAAUCAAGAAUCUUGAUCAGUCUGUUUCAAAGGAAACUCCAGUCAAGUUAGUCUCAGUAGACACAUGUGUUUCUGGGGCAUCACGGAAGGCAUAUCACUGGUUAUACUUUGCCCUCUUGCAGUUUCUCCUCUCCCGUGAGGUCCCACCUCAUAGCGUUCCCCUCUAUUUCUGAUGGUCCCCUUCUGCGGCUUAGUUUCUGAAUUCCUUUUAAGUGACAAUUUUGUGGAAGUGCGUUUGAUUUAGUGGAUGUUGAAAUAGCUCUAGAAUCCACCCAUCAAACCCAAGCACUUAGAAACACAGUGGUUGAGUGAACUAACUAGAUUUAUUGAAUUU